UAGCCUAACUAAACAUAAUUAAUUCUUGAUGAUAAUUAGUCUCCAUGAGGUCUAAAGGAUUCUUAACCUUAUUCUCAAACAUCUAUUCUUAAACAUUUUCCCCGCCACCAGAGCUUCAUUAGUCCUAUAAUGAACAUUUUUUUCCUCCAAAUUAUCGCAUUACGUCUGACAUAAACAACCCGGAGUGCCCUCUCUCAUUGGUUGGCCGCGGGGUCACGUGGCCCGCGCGGCCGUCCGUCUAUUUGACAGCCGCAGGAUGGCUUGAUGCCAGAGGGGGAAAAAGAGACACAGAGAGGGGAGAGAAAGAAAAAUUAGUAUUCUCCUACCAGCCUCGCUAUAAAUCAAUCAUGGAGUCCUACGUGGUGAGCUGUAAAUAUGCUGAGCCGCAGUUCCCGCCUUGUGAAGAAGAUUACAGUAAUUUUAGUGACCAAGGGGGGUAUUACAACAACCCCCAGGACAGUGGUAGUUAUGGAGGGGGCUAUCAGCCCAUGCAGCCCCCUCCGCCUCCAUACACACCACAACAAACCGGCUAUCACUCUUUGCAGGGGCACCACCGGGAGGAUGGAGAGGACCAAGGUGCUGCCUUCCCCGGAUACAGGGAGACAGAUGGCACCGGGAAGGAGCCGAGGUUCUCCGUGGGUGACCUGCAGUGCCAGGCCUGGAUGACCUGCGCAAAGCCCGCUCAGGUGCAGAGGAAAACGGCCUGCCAGGGGAAAGACAAGCCGCCUAUUGUUGUCUACCCGUGGAUGAAGAAAGUGCACGUCGCUCAUGUAAAUCCGAACCACGUGGGCCCGGAGCCGAAGCGACUACGGACGGCCUACACGCGCCAGCAGGUUCUGGAGCUCGAGAAGGAGUUCCACUUCAGCCGCUACCUCACGCGCCGCCGCCGCGUCGAGGUGGCCCACACGCUCUGCCUGUCCGAGCGGCAGGUAAAGGUGUGGUUCCAGAACCGGCGCAUGCGCUGGAAGAAAGAUAACAAGCUGCCCAACACCAAAGGACGGAGCAAAAACAAGAAGGCAACGGACAACAACAACAACAACAACAACAACAACAACAACAACAACAGCGGCAGCACCAAUGUGAAGGCGCUGAUAACCGUCUGAACACAUGACGCGGAGCUUGGCCGUCACAGGCAGCCAUGUUGGCACCUUCACUCUCCAAAACUGAUGAUGCUAAAUUGAUCCAGGGUGACUGAAACUAUUCUGCUUUAAAAAAUACAGGCUUUCCAUCUUUGUGCCAAAAUAAGGCCUCAGAAAAUCCAGAAUGUAUUUUGCCUUAUUUUUUAACCUCAAGUGUUUUUAAGUAUUUCUGUUGUGAGAUUGAAACCAAUUUUAGUCCGAUAUUUAAUUCAUGAAUGAUUGUUUUGAGAUGAUCUGACAUCUCUCUGGAGGUUUCAUAUUUAGACAUCCGAUAUUACAGGCGCACUAGCUCGGUGCCUGUUGGUUGGAGAGCGUCCUUUGGAGAAAACAGGGUUUUAUUUCUACAGGGUAAACAUAAUACAGGGUUUUUAGAAUACUACCUAAAACAUAAAAUAGCCUAAUUUAUGAAUACGCACAUUACCAAAUGUUGUUUCCACAUACUGGCGCUUAAAGGGGCAAAACAGAAACACCACAAACGCCAAAUUGCUCGGCGGGUGACGCGCAGAAUAAUUGGGCUUUUAUUUUGUACAUAGAGGAGCAUCCCAAAACAAUGCAUAUUUAGUAGGAUGAGUAGCCAUACCGUGCAGUUUUCUUUACUCCAAAAUUGAUAAUUCAGGGGGGAAGUGAAUUUUUACGCACGGGGAAAUAAACAGCCAAAUUGGAGGUACAGUUUUUUACUGCACGACGCUGACUGUAAAUCCAACGUGUUCUCUCAGGGUUACAGGGUUUUAACGAACAGAACUUUCUCAUUGUUGGUUUAGCACCAAGAGGUUUAAAAUAACCCUCACCGAAACAAUAUUUUGUUGCAUUCAAAUAAAAAUGUUCUCUUUUUUAAUUCCAGUUUAUAUGCUAUUGAUUCCUAUUAUAGCCUACGCCAGUACUUAUUUUUAUUUGUAUUAUUUAGAAGCAUAUUUUAUUCAAUGUAGCAAAUAUCUGUUCUUUUUGUCUUUUUGUAUGUGUUCAUCUUUGGGAGAAAACAAGAAGAAAAAAACUCUUUUAUA